AUGAGUUCCAGACACUUUGACAAUGACCCGACCAAAUUGGUCCUGGCUUCCCUUCAAUCAAACACCUUGAUCAAUCCUUCCGUCUCAUUCCAACCAGAACACAAGAUCGUCCAUCGCAAGGUCAGCGACGCGCAUCACGGCAAGGUAUCGAUCAUCUCCGGUGGCGGCAGCGGCCAUGAACCUGGGUUUGCCGGCUACGUAGGCAAAGGCCUGCUGACUGCCGCUGUGGCUGGUACCAUUUUCGCAUCUCCCUCCGCUGAGCAGGUCCGGCAAGGAUUCAAAUGUGUCCCUACCAAUAAGGGCGUCUUUGUGGUCAUCAUGAACUACACCGGUGACGUCCUCAACUUUGGCAUGGCGGUGGAAGACGCACGAGCCACGAAUGUUCAGACUGAGCUCUUCGCCGUUGGGGACGACGUCGGUGUCGGCCGAGCCAAAAGCGGCAAGGUCGGCCGUCGUGGGCUUGCCGGGACGGUGCUCGUGAUCAAGCUCUGCGGUGCGCUGGCCGAGUUGGGCGGCUCUCUGGCCCAAGUUCAUCAGCUCGCACAACAUGUCGCACGCAAUACUGUCACCGUCGGCGCAUCUCUCGACCACGUGCACGUCCCCGGCCGCUUGCCAUCCUCUUCCGAUGCACCUGCGGUGGACGAGGUCGAGAUCGGAAUGGGCAUCCACAAUGAACCUGGUUCGGUCCGUGCCACCAAAACCCUGCCUGAGCUGGUCAAGUCAAUGCUUCAACAGCUUUUGGAUCCCAAUGAUGCCGAUAGAAGCUAUUGCUCUUUCCAGGCCAGCGAUGAAGUCGUCUUGCUCAUCAACAACCUCGGUGGUGUGUCCGCACUGGAAUUCGGCGCCAUCACGACCGAAGUUGUUGGGCAGCUUGCUAGCCAUUACGGACUUCACCCAGUCAGAGUCUUCGCAGCGCCUUUUCUUACCUCCCUCAACGGGCCUGGAUUCAGCAUCACAGUGCUGAAGCUUGGCAACACUGGACUUGGCGAGGGCAAGUCCAUGCUCGAUCUGCUAGACUUUCCCGCUGAGGCUUUGGGAUGGGGUUCUCCGCUACCACCUUCGGUGCGAUCGCCACAUCACACGACAACUGUCGCUCGGGAGCGGGCAUCGACUACCUCGAAACUUUCGAGUCAACUGCGCCUAGAUCCGAGCGUCACUCCGCGCGUCAUAGGACAAGCCCUCCAAAGACUAAUUGCCGCGGAGCCACAAGUCACUCGGUACGACACCAUUGUUGGCGACGGCGACUGCGGCAUUGGCAUGAAGCGUGGAGCUGAAGCGGUUCUCGAUGGCCUGGUCUUUUCCUCUCAACCACUGGACGCAUUGGCAUUGGUCAGUGAUAUAAAGACAAUCAUCGAAGUUGCAAUGGAUGGUACUUCGGGUGCUCUGUUCACCAUCUUUUUCAAUGGUCUUGUUCAGGGCCUUCGCCAACAAGACGAUGGCCGCAAAAAAGAGGCUGACGCAGCUGUGUGGUCUUCAGCUGUGUCCGCUGCAUUGCAGACUCUGAAGAGAUACACGCCGGCGCGACCUGGUGACCGAACACUGAUGGAUGCGCUGGUGCCCUUUGUCGAGACCUUGGCUACCACACUAGAUGUCAGACAAGCAUCAGCGGCAGCUUUUGCCGGUGCAGAUCAGAGCAAGCAUUUGAGGCCUAGCUUUGGGAGGUCGGUAUACGUUGGUACGGAAAAUGUUUGGCUUGGAAAGGUGCCUGAUCCCGGGGCGUGGGCAGUAGCCACGCUUUUGCAAGGCUUGGCAGAGGCC